CCGAAAUGCCUCAGCUGGUGCAGCCCCAGGUACAGCCUACACAGCCCCUCCCUCCCUUGCGGAACCCACCCCGCACCAUGUUCCCCUGUCCUCCAUUGCCCCUGCCAUGAGCACCAGCCCCAUGGUUGGAGACGUUCAAAUUUCGGACAAAGUUAUUGACGACCACUUGGCUGUACAAGGUAUCAUCAGGGCAUAUCAGGCUCGUGGGCAUUUGGUAGCAGCGUUGGAUCCACUUGGCAUAGACCGAGAAGCCCUCAAGGACCGCCCCCCCACCACGCUGCCGUCCAGAACUGUAGUCCGCUCCUAUGUUGAUGCAUUUGGCGAAGAAGAUAUGGAACGCUCAUUUAAGUUGCCAAUGUCAACUUAUGUUGGAGGCAAGGAAAGACAACUGCCACUCAAGGAGAUCAUCCAAAGAUUAGAAAAUGCUUAUUGCCGCUCUAUUGGUGUUGAGUUCAUGUUUAUCAAUUCAUUAGAGCAAUGUAAUUGGAUUCGUCAGAAGUUUGAAUCGCCAGGUGUAAUGACAAUGGAUUCUAUGGAGAAACGUCUCCUCCUUGCAAGAUUAACACGCUCACAUGGGUUUGAGGCAUUCUUGGCCCGUAAAUUUUCAUCGGAGAAGCGUUUUGGCUUGGAAGGUUGUGAGAUCUUAAUCCCUGCAAUGAAACAGGUGAUCGACCGUUCCACUUCCCUUGGAGUUGAAAGCUUUGUCAUGGGAAUGCCCCAUAGAGGCCGCCUCAAUGUACUGGCCAACGUAUGUAGGAAGCCCCUUGAGCAUAUCUUCACACAGUUUGCAGGGCUCGAGAGUGCUGAUGAGGGUUCAGGUGAUGUGAAAUACCACUUGGGAACUUACCAAGAGCGACUGAAUCGCGUGACCAACAAAAAUAUCCGUCUGGCCAUUGUUGCCAAUCCAUCCCAUCUGGAAGCGUGUGACCCUGUUGUUCAGGGCAAGACGAGAGCUGAGCAGUUCUACCAUGGAGACUCUGAGGGCAAGAAGGUGCUGUCCAUUCUUCUUCACGGAGAUGCUGCCUUCUCAGGCCAGGGCAUUGUAUAUGAGACUUUCCACUUGUCAGAGCUCCCAGAGUACACCACCCAUGGCACGAUUCAUAUUGUUGUCAACAACCAGAUUGGCUUUACAACUGACCCUCGCAUGUCCCGUUCUUCCCCUUACUGCACUGAUGUGGCUCGUGUCGUCAAUGCGCCCAUCUUCCACGUAAAUGCUGAUGACCCUGAGGCUGUCAUGCAUGUCUGCAAUGUUGCAGCUGACUGGCGCAGCACUUUCCAUAAGGAUGUUGUCAUUGACUUGGUGUGCUACAGACGUAAUGGUCACAAUGAAAUUGACGAACCUAUGUUCACACAGCCACUCAUGUACACUAGGAUUCGGAAAUUGAAGCCUGUGAUUGAACUUUAUGGAGAUAAACUCAUCAAUGAAGGGGUUGUAACUCCAGAGGAAGUGAAGGAAGUAAAGGACAAAUACGAAAAGAUUCUCGAGACUGCCUUUUCUGUGGCAAAGCAGGAAACUCAGGUGUUCAACAAACAUUGGAUUGACUCACCUUGGUCUGGCUUCUUUGAGGGCAAGGAUCCCCUAAAGAUAUCUCCCACUGGUGUUCAUGAGGACACUUUGAAGCACAUUGGCAAGAAGUUCUCAAGUGCUCCUCCCAAUGCCAGUGACUUUGUUAUCCAUAGAGGCAUCCAACGUAUUCUCAACAGCCGCAUGGAAAUGGUUGAAUCUCGCACAGCUGACUGGGCCUUGGGAGAAGCCAUGGCUUUUGGUUCUCUGCUCAAGGAAGGAACCCAUGUUCGUCUCUCAGGCCAGGAUGUGGAAAGAGGAACAUUCUCCCACCGACACCACGUGCUUCACCACCAGAAGGCAUUUAAAGACACAUCUAUGUUGAUUGUGAAAGUUGUUCAUUUGGUGGUUGACUCUGUGCUGUAUGGUGUCUCGUUGACUGAUGUGCUUCUUUGUGUUUCUAACACAUCCAUGAUUUUAGACAUGUUGCAUCACUAUGUAAGUGUCCUGAUCUGGGUUUAUUCUGCUACCAUUGUCCAGACACUCAUGUCCUUGAGCGUUCUACAAAACUUCUUCCUGUGCCACAUUCUUGAUUUGCCUCAGCACUGUCUGACAUUCCUGGAUGAUAAAAAUUUUUUGAGUAUACUGUUGAAAUGUGACUAUGAUCAGUAUUUUGACUGUUCAUUGAAUAUAAAAGUUCUUUCUCUUGCGCUGUGUUAUAAAGAUAGGCUAGAAUCGGUAUUCACUCUAAUGUACCCUGAAGCUGGUCCUGCCUCAAACAACCCAGCCAAUGUCAAGCGACUCAUCUUCUGCUCUGGUCGUGUCUAUUAUGACCUUGUUCAAGCUCGCAAAGAGGCUGGAUUAGAGGAAAAGAUUGCUAUUGCACGUGUGGAACAGAUUGCACCAUUCCCAUAUGACUUAGUCAUGAAGGAGUGUGCCAAGUAUGCAGAUGCUGAGUUGGUCUGGUCACAGGAAGAACAUAAGAACAUGGGGGCAUGGUCGUAUAUCCAGCCUCGCAUUUCCACUGCUUUGAACCAUGAACGUCACAUUUCUAGCAAGCGUGUCAAGGUUGCGCACGAUUCAGAGGACCAGUCUUGGUACGAGUAUUGGUUCCCUUGGUUCUUCCCAUCAUCGGGCACACCUGAGAGCCCAGCUCCAAGUCAGGUUCAUGUAGCCUCCAAACCUAUACGACCAGUGAGAUAUGCGGGCCGUCCAGUCUCGGCCUCUCCUGCCACGGGCAACAAGAAGACCCACAUUCGUGAGAGCAAGCAGCUCCUGGAGGACUCCUUGGCAUUGUAGAUAUAUCCUCGCACAUGCCUCUUUGUGCUGAUGGGGAAGAAAAGCAAAUCAACCAAGUCAACCGCAGAUAGCCAAAUUCGGUUGAUGAAGUGCAAGAAGACCACGUUCAAGAUGACUCACAAUGCAAGAUGCUGACUCGUUGCGAUGGAAUGGCAUGA